AUGCUCGACGGAGGAGCGCGCUGGACUUGGUCCAGUGCACGCUCCUCCGGCGAGCACCGCCACCGCGCCGACAUGAAGAAAGAGGUGGAGGGCACCUCCACCGGCGUGGGCGUGGGCUCCCCCUCUCUGUUGCGGAAGAAUCCUUUCGCCGCGAUGCGUUAUGAUGCUGUCGAGCAGUUGACCGACAGUAACUUUCCUCGUUGGAAGAAUUCCAUUGAGCUAUAUUUGGCUUUCAACGAGUUUGAUUUUGCCUUAAGGGAGGAUAAUCCUGUGGCGCCAGUUGCUGGUGCUACGGGGUAUGAUGAACUAAAGAAAACUUAUGACUCCAAGAUGGAAAAGUGGGACAAAUCCAAUCACGUUGCAAUGCUCGUGAUGAAUUCUUCCAUUUCAUCUGAGAUUAUUGGGGCUCUCCCCAAUAAAGAUACUACCAAGGAAUUUAUGGAACCCUUGGAGGAGCAAUUCAAAGGCUCUGAAAAGGUUUAUGCACAUGAGCUUUUUCACAAGCUACUUGGCAAGUAUAAAAAUGAUGGUGAUGUUAGGGGACACAUACUGAGAAUGAUAAAUGCUUCAAAUAAGUUGAAGCACCUAAAGUGUGAGCUCAGUGACAACCUCCUUAUCAUCAUGAUCUUGGAGUCCCUCCCUGAAGAGUUCGAUCAGUUCAAGAUCAACUACAAUUCCAUGAAGGAGAAGUGGACACUUGCUGAGAUAUCCCCUCGGAUUGUCCAGGAAGAAGAAAGAAUGAUAAGGCAGAACAAGGAUCAGGAUUUUCAUUUUGGCUCCUCAAAGAGAAAGCAUGAUGGGUCAGGCCCUUCAAAGUCACCAAAGAAGACCCUUCAAGAAGGAAAUGCCAAAGUUUAA